AUGGGUGCAGCGUCUGUUGCCCAAAAAAACGAGCACUUUAGCUUUGCCCCGGCCAUGGCGACCGCCGCCGCCGCCGCCGCACCACCACCGCUCCCCUCCUCCUCCACCACCACCGCCUCGCCGUACCCCUUCGCCGCCGCGCCCGACAUUGUGCGCGCCCACCAAAAGGAUGCCUACUUCACAGGGCACCUCGCCAACACGCUCACCGAGCUGCACCGGCGCGUCCUCGGUGCGCGCGCGACCCACGCCCGCGCGCCCGAGCUGCGCACCGUCGCCGCCCUCGUCUACUACGGCCUGACGACGCUGCCCGGCAACCGGACCCUCGGCGAGGAGUACUGCGAUCUCGUCGCGGCGCCCGUGCAGGCCGUCACGCUGGCCCUCUUCUACUUCAACGGCACCUACUACGAGCUCGCGAAGCGGGUGCUCGCGCUGCGCUACGUCUUCACCCGCGCCGUCCCGGACUCGCCCGACCGCGCCGGCUACGAGGUCCUCGGCGUGCUGCUCGUCGUCCAGCUCGCCGUCCAGGGCUACCUGCACGUCCGCGACACGCUUGCCGAGACGCUCGCGCCUCCCGCGCGGGAGCGCGCCGCCUUUCACGCUGCCCCCGGCCUCGACGUCAGCCUCGACCACGAGCACGCCUACGGCGCUGCCAACAGCGACUUGCUGCUGUCCGAGCUCGGCACCCGCGGACCCCAGGCCAGCCGCGUCGACCUGGCCGCCACGACGCACACGCCCCCGCGGCCCGCCGGCGCCGCGGCCCGCUUCGACCUCGAGGACGCCCAGGUCAUGGGCUUCAUCAAGGGCGCGCAGCAGCGCAAGUGCACCCUCUGUCUCGAGGAACUCAAGGACCCGUCCGCCACCCCGUGUGGGCACGUCUUUUGCUGGGAGUGCAUUGGCGACUGGAGGGAAGGUGACGGGCGGGUGUACAAAGACGGCAACAAAGAAACAUAUCUCCGCGCCGCACAGGGCAUCCAGAAAGCACGCAUAUGA